AUGACUUCCCAGCGAGAGGACUCGAUUCCGCACGAGCUACGAACGGCUGCAGAGCCCCGACAGCAGGGGCUGUACCCUGUGCGCCUGACUCGAGUGGAGCAGGCCAACCCCUCGAUUCGACUUCUGCAGUUUGGUAUCCCUGCACAUACGGAUAAUGUACAACCAUUCACCUUUCAGCCCGGUCAGUGGCUAGAUGUUCAUAUCCCUUCCAUCACCAAUGCCGGCGGGUUUACCAUCACGUCUACGCCUGCAGAUGCUCAAGGCGCCUCGGCGCACGUGGAACUAGCUGUGCAAGACUCACCUUCUAAUCCUGCUGCCGCAUGGCUAUGGAAACCAGAAAGAGAGAUCAUCAAUCAAGAAGUCAACAUCCGCGUUGGCGGAAGCUUCACCUGGCCACCAAGUGGGAUUGAAUCUAGCCUCGUCAAAAACGUUCUUUUAGUCGCCGGCGGAGUGGGUAUCAAUCCGCUUAUAUCCAUUCUCUCCCAUCUUCACAAUGAGUGGCAGGGUCCUCACCAACUCAGUAUUCACUUCUUAUAUUCCAGCCGUCUGCCUCAAGGACACGAAUCUUUACCUCUGGGAACAAUCCUAGAUCAAAUCCUAUUCGUUCCACGCAUACGGGAAAUCUUAAAAUCCCAAAAACAGUCUCGAAAGCUGAAUAUCUCGCUGCAACUUUUCCUUACUGAUCUACCCGCGGGGAGACUCUCGCAAGACGGGUUGACGGAUUUUACGAUACACUCGAGGAGAAUCAACAAGCAGGAUAUCGAUGCCGUCGUGGCAGGUGGUGAUCCAAGUCAAACCGUAUCCUACAUUUGCGGACCACCCAGCAUGACAGAUGAAAUGGUCGAAGUGCUAAACGGGGUUCUCGGACGAGAUGGGAGAAAGAGAGUCUUCUACGAGAAGUGGUGGUAA